AAUUCGAUUUUCAUGACAUGGUUGUAAAUGUACCGCUUAUCCGAGACAAACCCAUAAUAUAAUAGCCGCAGAACUUUCUCCUCUCCUUUUUCCAGAUGACGAUACAGUCAAGGCAAUGAAGAAUUGACAGAAGAAAAUCCAGCAAAUGGGUAGCCACUGCCACACCAAGGAUAAAGUUUGUGACAUAUGCGGUGGUAAUAAUCCUCGUUCCAAAUUUUUACUUGUAACUUGUUCUAUAUGCUACACAACUACUGAACAUGUCUUUCUGUUUUCAGUUAUUGCAUGCGAAGAAAAGUAAAGCACAAGGUCCCUGAAGAUUGGGUAUGUGAAUCAUGCCUAACUGAUAGUGACUCGAUUUUGAUGGAAUCUGAGAAGACCGAGGAUGUUGCUCAAAAUGACCAUUUAAAUGUUCAGCUUAAUACCCCCGGGCUUGAGAGGAUUAAGAAGAGAUACAAUUUCCUUGGCAAUCUGAGGCUAAGGAUUGGCGGGGCAGAUGUGCAAGCUUGUUGGCCAGGUGGAGCAUGGAGUGCAUGGAGCGGAUAUCAUUGUAGUGCAGGGGUAAUCCUUCCCCUCAAACAAUACUUCAUCGAUAUCUGCGAUUAUUUUGGAAUUGCCCCAUUCCAGCUCGUUCCCAACAGUUAUAGAAUUCUAUCCACCUUGAAGGUGUUGUACCACCAGAAGAAGUGGCCAACUCCUAGCCCAUUGGAGAUCCACUACAUGUAUAAUUUAAAAGCCAAUCCUGGUCGCGACGAUCACAGUACCGAUGGAUUUUACUAUCUAAGCGCCUGGCCGCAAGCUUCUAUAAACUUGGUAACGGACAUCCCUAGUAAUGCGGGUCCAUACAAGAAAAACUUUUUCUUCACCACAGCAAUCAAGUCCCAAAACUUGAGUUUUCAACGAGCUGGGCCAUACAAGCGACCCAAGGCUGAUAAUGAGAUAAUCAAUCGGGUAGAGCAAAUAUGCGAGCUGCCUUCGGAGGAGAAGAGUACUAAGGUUUUGCUCACUGAUGUUAACCUUCGUGAAUGCGGGCUCUUUGAUAGCUCGCAUUCUCUCGGGCUGUCUGACUCUUGUCGCCUAGGAGUUCCUCACGUCUCCUCAUCCAAGGCUCCUCUUGUUGAGACUUCCCCCAGCAUAAUCCAAACUCAGGCUGCUAAUGAAAAAGUCAUAUCUUCUCCUCCUUGCAUCAAGAAGGCAUAUUGUGGGCCUGCCCCUCGAAUCAUUCUUCCUACAGAGCUCCAUGGUUCUCCUGCAAACAUAGAUAUCGACGAGGAGGCUCUCGGGGAGACUUUGGAUGACCUUCCCCAGUGCGAGGAAGCUAACAAAGUUCCCGAGAUUAUCAGUAUGGCCCACAAGGAUGACAUUCCUUGCGAAUCCCUUAAGCAAGGAUUGAGUCAUAAACAAGAUUGCUUGGAAGAACCCUCGAUAGUUAACCUUGAGCCCGAGAGCUCCGAGGGAAGCAUGGAUAUAUUUGCUUGUUUCUCCAACCCAACUGUCAACCCAAAAAGAAGGAAGAAGAGAAAAAUAGCUGCUGAGGGAAGCAUGGAUAUAUUUGCUUGUUUUUCCAACCCAACUGUCAACCCAAAAAGAAGGAAGAAGAGAAAAAUAGCUGCUGAGGAAAGCAUGGAUAUAUUUGCUUGUUUCUCCAACCCUACUGUCAACCCGAAAAGAGGGAAGAAGAGAAAAAUAGUGGCCGAGAGAACAGAGGUCUGCAGGGACACUUCAAGGCAGCCAACGGCCACAGCUCCUGAGGUCGCAAUUAGGACUACAGAACAGCUGCCAAUGGGCACUGAAGUCGAAGCGCAAAAAACUGCACCAACUGAGUCGAUACCUGCUCGCUCUCAAGCAAUGUCCGACGUUCUUGAGAGGUUCCAGGCCUUUGCCUCGCCUAUGGUAAAUGUCUUCGAGAAGGAAGUUGGAGGCAACCUGAGGAAGGAUGGGUUGUGGAUCGAUUCUGAGGACUUAACCGACCUAGCUCUCAAGCAGCAGAGCUUGAUGAGCUUGACCACUGUGGUAGCCUUCCAACAGGCUAAGCUUGUGAAGACCUGCCAGAACAAACUGGGUUGUCAGGAGAAGGAGCUGAUAGAGUUGAAAGGAGAGCUGGGAGAAACCAGAAAGGAGCGGGACCAUGUCCGACAAGAACUUCAAACUUUAAAGGACAACUUCGACCACAAGCUGAAGGAAGAAGUGGAUUUGGUUGCUGAUCCCUUAAAAGGUGAGAUUCAGUUUCUCCAAGAGAAGCUUGCCAAGGCUGAGGCAACCGAGACUUCACUGAGGAGCGACCUUAAGGGAAGAGAUGAACUCGUCGAAGAGCUCCAAAGGGCACAACGAGUUAACCUCGAGGAGUUCAAGAAGGAAAAUACCAAGCUGAAGACCCAACUCAACGAGAUGACCAUGAAUGUGUUCUACACUUGCUGGAAGCACAAUCGAGGUGGCGAUUAUAGCUUCCUCGAGAGCAACCUGGAGAAGUGCAUGGCGGACUUUAAGAAACGCUUGGCCGAUGAGGAAGCUGCUACUGUUGAUAGCGAGGACGAUGACACCAGGUCGAUCCACGAACUGGCUGAUGAGACCACUCCAACCAAACCUUAAUAUCCUUUUUUCUAUCUUUUUGUUUAGCCUUAUUAGUGCAGCCUAAUCAGCAUUGUUAAUCAAUUAAUUGAGUUUAACAUUGCAGUCUUUUUAAGUAGAAAUAUUUAGGACUUUUUCAAGUGUGAACACUCAUUUGAUUGAAUUCUCAAAACUGGCCAAGGAUUAAUGCCAUUAAGGCUACCAUUGUAAAGAGAGCAUUAUAUAUAUUAAUAUAUAUAUAUAUAUAUAUUUAUAUACAAGUUUUUCUAGUUA